AUGCACUCCUUGAGUCGCGGGCACGCAGUCAUUACUGGUGCUGCAUCUGAUACUGGUAUUGCAAUUGCAUUUGUGUUCGCCCGCAGUGGAUGUGAAAGCAUUUUCCUGGGCGACUUUAGUACCAAAAGACUCGAAGAGUGCCGUGGCUCGAUUUCAGUGGAGUAUCCUGGUGUAAGAGUCCACUUCAAGGCCCUGGACCGAUCUAGUGAGAGUGACGUGGAUUCAUUCUACACAGAGGUCAACCAGACAUUGGGACGAGUCGACUUUUCCGUCGAUGUGGUCUCUACUCAAGGGCAAGACACAAGCAGUACGAGAGGGCUUUCCAUUGAGAAAUACGAUCAAUGUUUUUCAGUGUCCCAGAAAGGUGCAUUUCUCAUACAACGAGGCGUGCUUCAGCAGAUGCUGAAACAGGAAAUCCGUCCAGAGACAGAUUGUCGAGGGAGCAUCGUCAAAGUUGUCGAGUAUGGUCCACCGAUCCUCCUAGUGCAUGAUCCUAUCAUUGCCGCUGUAGCCAACGCGGUAAUAGGUCAGAGCAAGACGGAUGCUUUCGACUACAUACCAGACAAAAUCCGCGUCAAUUGUAUUGCUGCUGGUGAGGUUUUGACAGCGGGUUCGGAGAUCCGUCCGAGGGAAGGCACAUUUUCCCUCAGGAACGGAACACCUGACGAUGUUGCCAAUGCAGUAGCCUGGCUCUCAUCACCUGCCGCUGGCUGGAUGACUGGGGUGAUCCUCCCCGUAGAUGGGGGACUGCGCUUGAACAGUAUUCGGUGA